GCCAUUAAUCCCUCUCUAAUCAGGAACGGUUCGAUGUUUGCUCAUGGAGAAUUUGUUGAAAUGACAGCGUUAUCGUGCCCUUGCAACAAAUUCUCUGGGUUUCUACAUGUAUUUCUCGGAGGGACUACAAGAGGGUAACCAUGCCUUUCAGCAGGAGUGAGGUCACUCAGAUCCCAGCAAGAUGCCUGGCUUUGGCUGCAAUAUGCUGGCCGCGAUGUUCCUGCUCCCUCUCCUCCUGAACGCUGUGCUGGGCUUUAAACUGUGCCCCAGCACCUGCUUGUGCUAUGAAUCUUCAGACCUGGUGGACUGCAGGUCUCGUGGGUUGACCCGGGUCCCAUCCAGCAUCUCCCACGGCACCUGGCUGCUGGAUCUAAGUGGGAACAAGGUGACAGAGGUGCACACCAGGUCUUUCGUAGGACUGUGGUCACUCAAGAUCCUCCUCAUGUCCAACAACAGCAUCCAUAUUCUGCACCCACAGUCUCUGUCAUCCCUGCAGUUUCUGGAGAAGUUGGAUUUGAGUUUUAACCGGCUGCGGUGGCUCCCUCAGGACUUCUCUCAGGGCCUAUACUCCCUCCAGGAGCUCCGGCUGAGCCACAACCUGCUGCAGCACUUAGACUCCAAAUCACUGGAAGACUGUGGCAACUUGAAGAAACUGGACCUUAGUUACAACCACAUCCGAGGCCUGGACAUCAAGGCGUUGAGCAGCCUGUCUCGACUGAGCUUUCUCAACUUGGAGAGAAACAGGCUGAACAUUCUUAAAGAUGGCCAGUUGAACAGGCAGCAAACCUUGGAGGUCCUGCUGCUCAACUACAACAACAUCUCAAAGAUUGAGGCCGAAUCUCUGGCUCCCUUGCGAAGGCUGUCUCUGCUAGGCCUCAGGGGAAACCAGCUAGAGCACAUCAGGUUCAAGACCUUCCUGAAGCUCCAGACAACCAGCACCUACCUUCAGAUGUCCCUCAACCCCUGGAUCUGUGACUGUGAGCUGCAGCGCAUCUUUGGCAAGAUCAACCACGUGCGACAUCUGCACGUAGAGGACUACAAGGACAUCAUCUGUCAUGCUCCCGCUCAGCUAGCCGGAAGCGUCCUGGCUUCAAUGGACAGCCAGCUGUGUAUAGCUGAGACUGCCUCAGUGCUCGUCAUCACCAUCACCGUGAUGCUCGCUGUGAUUGGUGCUCUGGUAAAAGCGGAGCGCAACCGAAAGAACAAACAAGCAUCAAGUGAAGCAGAGUCCCAGGGACAAGAAAAGUGAUACUUUUUACUCAUUAACAGGAACUCCAGGACUAAUAUGUGACCUGAUUCUGGAUGUGGAGCAGCAGACAAGUACAAAUGAUCACAUUUCAUUCUGUUUCAAUGCUCUUUAAAACUUUUUAUACUUAUAAGUCAGGCACUGUAGGAAAAAGGAGACAAAUCAAAGUGGAAAUGGCUCAUGUAGUAGCAUAGUAAACAAUCCAAAUUUACCCAUAUGUUCUGGGUAACAUGAACAUUAUAAUUUUCAUCUUGUAUACUUGCCUAAAGAAUUUUUUAAAUGAGAAGCGAUCUGGUUGGUCUGCAUUACUUGAUCAUUCAUUUUGUCACUGACCUUCUUUAAAGGAGACGACAAGCUAAAACGUGUAACAUGUUCCAUAUGGGUUGUGAUACUACGGCCACAUUACAUAUUACACUGGUUUCAUUGUUGCAGGGUGUUUCAUGUGAAUACUGUAUGAAGAAAUCUUUAUUUUAGCAAUGGUGGCCAAACCGAUUACAAAAGUUCAUAGUAAACCAGAAAAAACAGACUGAUCAGUCUGGCAGGUUGGGAGUGGUUCAGUGAGAUUAGUAAAAACAUAAAACCAACAUAUGACUUAAUGACUUAAAUUUUUUAGACUUAAUGGAAAGAAUGAAAGCUCAAAGGUGCAUCUUCUUUAGCUAAGUAUAAAAACACAUGCAGGAAUUAUAGAUGUCAAACACUGAUUCAGGUGUUGAGCUACAUGUUGGUUCAGACACUGACACAAGCCACACAUUAAAUAUAAAACCUCAGAAAAGGCUUUAUGCAUAUUUAAUCACUCAUCCUGGUAAUUAUGCCUCCUAAACACACUGCAAAGUCUUGGACAUGAAGGAUCUGUUACAUUCAGCCCUUCUUCCUGUGCAACAUUGUUAACUGAAUGUUGAGCUGAAGUGGACACAUCAAAGAAAACAAACUGCAACUUUCAGUAAAAUUAAGUGACUUGAAAUAACUUGAAUAUUCACAUAACUAAACAGUUAUUUCACAUAAAUUGUGAGUGUUAUUUAUACAAAGAAAAGCAGUUAAAAAGUAUUACAGCUGUAGACAUAUAAAAGAUGGACUGGGUCUAAAAAGUGAAGCCAGUGGGCUCAGUUACUCAGUUUGGCGUCAUACUGGGAAAAAAAAAAAAUUAAAUCAAGUUUGUAAAUUUUGGAAGGAGAAUGAUGAGCACACUUAUUUGUUAAGGCUUAUGAUUGACAACCCAUUAAACAAUGAGAGUGCGGUUUCAUAGUCAGACCUGCUGCUUCUCGUAACACCACAAUGGUGAAGGUAAAAACGCGUAUCUGGAAGCUUUAAAACCAACGGGAGACGUCACAUUGCGAAGCCCACCUUUUACACCUUCUCUGAGGUCAGACAGGACUACCCAUUCAAAGAACUGCUUUAAACAUAGUGUUUAUUCCCAAUAGGCCAGCAUAGUCAUUCCACUUCAAAAGCAAUACCACAUAAGACGUGCAACAAAUUAAAGGAAAAACCUAAACCUUUGACCCUUUCCUUACAGUGAGGGGUGGGAGUUAAUCAAACUUUUAUAGGAGUUCUAAAUUGGCUGCACGUGUGAGUGGCAUACCCCGCCCCUCGCUCUCACCUAAAGUCAGCUAUGAUAGGAUCCAGUUCCAACAUGACCCUGGUUGGUGGUUAAGAAAGAUGUAUGUACAGGAGAGCUGAUGUUUUAAGUUGGCGCUCUGCAAAAACCAAAUCACAAAAUUAGUGAAUAACCUUUUAAAGGUUAAAGCUGUUUAUUAUAGAGACAGCUGGACUGAAGCUGUUCUGGCUCAACAUGUUGCUAAGCACAGAUUGGCAAUUAAUCAAAUUAUACUUUCAGUUAUAAUUUUGGCCUUUUUUCUGUUUGGUCUCACUGCUGUGUGGUAUUUUGCACAGCACUGCUGGUUGUGGAAGAAUUGAUCCAAAAGGAUGCUUUUUGUUGACAACUAAGACAAGAACCACCUAGGAUCAUGCAUCUCAACUUUUCUUUAGGUCAAACAGGCUUUGGAAUUAAGCCAGAUUUAAAAUCUGUUACAAACAUGGCUUCUAACAAUUACAAAACAAGGUAAUGGACAUAAAACUACUUUAGUGCACUUUUUGUUUGUGUUGUUCCUUUACAGCCGUGCACUUUCAUCCCACUUUAAAACCCCAAACUCAUUACUCAUACCUACAGCCCUACAGGCUGUGGCAGGUUUCAUUGAAAUCUCACUCUUGAUCGACAAGAGUCGCAAAACCAAAUCAGUUGUUUUGAAGCACUCAUACAGGAAACAACAAAUGCACAAUGUUCCAAAACAAAAAAGAAAAA